UAGUACAGUCAUCAAACUUUAAGAGGGAUGAGCCCCAAAGCAGAAAAAUAACUGAACAUUUUAUAAUGAAUCUAAAAUGGCAACUGUGAUAUGCCAUGAGUGGUCCCAGCUAUAUCAAAACCAGGUAAUUGAAUCUUAAAAUCUUUAUUCUAAUGUAUAUAAUAAAUUUAUAUCAUGUAAGUAUUAAUAUGUAAUAAAAAUGAUGACAUGUUGGAGGGAAAAAUAGCUAAUGCCUUUCAUUAUAAUUGUGUUAAAGUUGUAGCAUCCUCACCAGUUUUAUGUUUAGUAUUAAUUCUUAUUUUAUAUCCUAUCAGUUCUUGUUUUUUAUUCUUAUUUGAGAUGAUUUUACUAAAUUCUCUCUGGGACUAAUGAUUUAUUGGUUGACUUGGACAUAUGUUGUUUCAGAGACAGAACUGGUAGUUGGAGUAAUAAUAUCAGUACAGAGGAGCAUACUAGAAAGCAUCUCAUAAAUGAUUUGCCACCAUUACACAAGAAAGAAAAUAAAAGCAAAUUUAAGUUUACCUCUGAAGUAGAUUCAUCUUCAAGCUUUCACGGACGGUGUUAUUUGGGUGAUGAACAUCAAAUUUCUACUCAGAAUGAGCUGCGUAGGAAAAGUAAAGAGCUGCAUGAGAUUUUACAGAGGAAGUCUAGCCAACACAUGUCAGCUAAAGUCUUAGAACCUGUACUGCCUGUGUCAUUUACACCAGAGAUAUUAGAUGGCCAACCUGAUGUUUCUUCUGACUGUAGGAGGGAAAAAAGCAAGGCUUCUGAAGAAAAUGGAAGACGUUUAAAGCAUGUGCUACUGUAUCCAGAUCACAGAUUACUCUCGGGAAACGAAAGCUCUGGGGUUGAAAUAUGCAAAAAACUGUUUGGCAUAACAAUAUUUGAAUGCAAUAAUGGCAAGGCCAAGUGGAAUCCCUCUGCUAAAGAUAGGAAACUGGUUGUGCAAGGAGUGGUUGAAGGUUCAGCUUCUCACAUGUCAGGGAGAAUACAUCGAGGUUAGAAUGUUUCAAUUUUAAUAUAAUUAGCUUAAGCCUGCUUUUGCAACUAUUUUCUUAGAUAAUGUUAGGAUUUUCUAACCGAAUUGGGAGUAUAUUAUUGUCUGAUUAUAAAUGGUAUGCCAUUUAAAGAAAAACAUUACUUUUGUUUUAAUGCAUCUUAUUAUUAAUCUUAGUUCCUCGCACAAUGCAUUGGACAAUUGAUUUCAUAAUGUCACUGUACAUUGACCCAUUUCACUGCAUUUUCAAAGCUAAUGUCCACUGUGUUAAGGUCCUUUCAUAAUCCCUUCCCCAACACACCCCUAGUCAUCUAAGGUGUUCACUGCUCCCCAUUCCCCAUGUGUAUUUAAGAGUUUAGAUAUACAGUGCUGAGGCAGAUACAGGGUGUGCCCUGCAAAGAAAGUUCUGGGAUCUUUAGAACUUUUCAGUUUAGCUGAUCCCCAUAAUCUUUGUUAUCAAACAUCUUUGAUGGAAACAUCUACUUUCUGGCAUGUGUUCUUUGCCAUCCCCAAGUCUUGCUAACACAAGUGACAACUGAAAUUAUUUUGGUGGCAUUCAUUUAUUUACUACAUAAGUAUUUCAAGCUCUUUCUGGAGUUUACAUUCUAUUUCAAUCUUCAGGUGACAUGCUUAUUUGUAUCAAUGAUGCUCAAGUUUCAUGGAACAAUUUUCCACGAUUACUCAAUUCCUUGCAUAAACGUCAAGUAAGCCAUCUAGUUUCAUGAAUAACUCUCUUUAGUUUGUCAAAAGUAUCUAGCACCUUCAUAUAAGAUUUUUAGUUUAACACAAGAUGUUUCACCACCACCAGCAUGUGAAAAGCAAAAGCUAAUUGAAAUCUUGUGUUAGUCAAACAUAUCUUAAAGUUUUAACUUGGAGGUACAUUCAUUAGCGUAAAUGUUUGUUGCAUGAUGAUGUGUAUUAUCAUUUAUUACAACAGAAUGUAAAGCUCACUUUCCAAUCGCCAAAGAUAGUUGGUCCCAAGUCCGUUUACAGCAUUCUUCAGGUCCCAGAGGGGGACCUCUGCAUGGCAGUGAUAGGGAAAAGAUUAGCCCAAAUUCAGUCAGAGCUGCUACUGCAUAGAUGUGUGGCAUUGUACCUGACACUAGUACAUUCUUCCAAUGAAAGGGAAAUUGAUGAAAAGGUAACAUAUAGGGAAUGUUGUUCUUUAAAAUUGUUAUUCUAAAUCAAUCAGUUGGAUGAAUCCUUUAAUUGUCUGUACAGUUUUCGAUCUUGCUAUAGCUGAUCAUUUCCAAUUAUUUUAUACUAUAUUGAUUCCAAAGGUACUUGAUAGAAAUACAUUGUUUUUAUUGGUCAAAAUCGCAUGCCAUGAUCACAGAUUAUUAUAAUUUAUUAUUUAAAAGGCUCAGUCUCAAGAACGUUAAAUACGGGGCUAAUCAAACCUUUGAACUUUUGGAAAAGUGUUUUGCUCAUAGUUGUCUUUAUUUUCUUUAUUACAGUAAUAGAAUUACCAAUAUGUUGAUUUGAAAUCUUACGAAGCUCACCUAAGUAAUUCUUGGAAGAAUAAAAAAUAUGUUUUAGUUGUACUUUUAAAAAAAAAAAGGCAAUGGAAACAAAGACAUCAAUAAAAAUUCACAGCUCUUAACAACAAGUACUUAACUGAUUUCAUUUUUCUAUCUAUGAUAUUGAAAAUUUGUAACGCAUAUCUGAGGAAGUACAUCAAUGGAUGUUUCUGUAUUAUAAAUUUAAAACAUUUGACCAUCUGUGUAUCAAUUGGAUUUUCAGGUCUCCUGUUCAAUAUUCCACUUUGGUCUGUGUUUAAUUUGUUUGUUAUGAAAGCUGAUAGAAGUUUAUCUGGUUCUGUUUAGGAGGAUAUCAUCUACUCAUUCCCUCCCGGAGAGGAAAAUUUGACAGCCGUCAGGGGAUUGUUCAUUACUCUCAGUUCUGCCCUUGUGGAUGUUGUGAGCCAACCCGCUACAAGGUACAUUAUUUUUCCGUCUAUCACAGGCAGCUGUCGUUAUGUCAAUCAACAAUUAAAAAAAUAUUAUAGGCGCUAAUUGGGGUAAUUUAAACAUGUUGAUGCCAUUAAUGACAGAUGACCAUGUAAAAUAUAUAUUGUGGUGAUGGCUGAAUUGCCAUGCAGAAAACUUUAUUUUUAUGAUUUUUAGUUUUGCUGGUUUUUGUGGUUUUUUUCUCUUCUUCUGUUUUUCUAGAACUUUGUUUUCCUGAGAACUUUUAUUUAAAAGAAUGAAAGGAGUAAGCUGUGGGAAAUAAGUAUUAUAUGAGCUUCAAAAUGGAUCCUUAUUUAAUUAAAAUACUAUAAAAACAUGUAUUUGUGUGAAAACUGUGUUAUUUUGACUUUCAGUACUCAGCUGACUUUGAAUGAUUGUGAAGUUAAUGUUGUGUACAAACAGUGUGGCAGGGAUGUGCUUGUGUUUGCCAUGCCACAGAAUAGGUAAGCUUCUGACAUUUCACUCAUCGUCAUCGAUUCAACUGAUGUAAGGUUUCAGUUUAUUGAUCUGCAUAACUUUUAGCGUGGGACAUUUUUAUCUUUGUUAUCAUAUCUGAUAUGCUAAACCAAAUUAUACAGGCAUCAGAGUCAGUGAAAAAAUGGAACAAUAUUUUGACUUUCCAAUGUACACAUUUUGGUCCAGCAAACUGUUAUUAGCAAAAGUUGCUAAAUAUCCACAUUGUCUUCCCUGCACAUCUGUGUGUGGCAAGUAUCCACAGUCUUCCCUGUCAAUCUGUGUGUGGUAAGUAUCCACACAGUCUUCCCUGCCAAUAUGUGUGUGGCAAGUAUCCACACAGUGUUCUCUGCCCAUCUGUGUGUGGCAAGUAUCCACACAGUGUUCUCUGCCCAUCUGUGUGUGGCAAGUAUCCACACAGUGUUCUCUGCCCAUCUGUGUGUGGCAAGUAUCCACACAGUGUUCUCUGCCCAUCUGUGUGUGGCAAGUAUCCACACAGUGUUCUCUGCCCAUCUGUGUGUGGCAAGUAUCCACACAGUGUUCCAUGUCCAUCUGUAGCAUUGAAAGUUGCUUGGAACGGUUAAGAACUAAGGGAGAAAACCUUAUUAUGGAAGCUAACCAAAACAAAACAUUUAGGUAGAAGUUUUCUGUUCUUAGAGCAAAACAAGUUGCAAAGUAAAAAAUUCUUCAUGUUCUUAAUAGAAUAAACUGUGUUGAGCUGAUCAUUGAUUAGUUGCCUUCCUUCUUGUUCACAGAAUAUCUGCCAGUGGUGUGCAAUCUUUGCUAGAGGCUUUCUUUUCAUUAAUGGAGCUUUUGUUUUCUGAUCUUAAAAGGUAUGGUAUCUGGGUUAUCUGCUGAAACAUCUUUUGUUAAAACCCCUUUUAAAAAUUAUGUCAAGACUCCUACUUUAGUCUGUAGUACUGUGUCAAGUCAAUAACAUGGAUUAAAUUUUACAAAUAUUUGCACUUAAUUUCUUCAUUAAAUCUACUUUGGUCUAAAGUAAAUAACUUAAUGGCAAGUUCAGGAAAGUUUUUUUUAAAAAGAUUUUUAAAUAGGGAAAAACAAAAAUUAAGAUUAUUUAAAUCUUAAUAAAGCAUGUAUUGUAUUUCAAUAUAUAUAAUCUUGAAGAAAAGUUUAAAUUUAUUUAUUUUUAAAAAUUAAUAUUUGUAAACAUAUCCUGUUUCUUUCUUCUUUUUUUUUUCCUAGUGCAUUUACUGAUUGUGAUAGGUUAUGGCUGGACAAAGUUCUGGCACUUAUGUUCCACCAAGCUCUGGGACUGCAGCCUUACUUGCCCUUGUCCACAACAUUCAUGCAUCCCUUGUCAUCAUCCUUUGAAAUACCCUUGGCAUUUAAAGACUACUAUUUGGUGAAGACAUUAAACCUCUCUCAUGAAAAUCAGGUGAGCCAUCUUGUUUAUUACAUAUGUGGUUUGCUAUCUUUAGAAAAUGUAUUUUUAUGGAUGAUUGUUUCAGUUGUACCUUACUUCAAUCAACAAAUCAUCCACAUGACAAUUUGCAUGCAGUGUUUUCUAAAAUCCACAAUUGUUAUGAAAGUUCCGUAGGACAAGAUUGAAUAGUUCAAAAGAAAUUUGCACAAUUAUUUAUUCUGUAUGCCUACACAUUCACUUAGGUUUUGCUUUACCUUUAAAAUGUAUUGAUCUCUUUGUUUCAGUUGAUAUGCAAUGAGAUUUUGAAUGAGCUGGAAUCCAUGGACUUUGAUGAUUUCUUGGUGAGUUCUUUUGUUAAAUGACUAAUGCAAGGACUGAAAUGAAAAUCUCUUUUAUUAUGGGAACUUAUUUCAUUCUAACUUCAUUCAGAUCAAUUCACAUAUUAAUUUUUAUUACUACAUUUUUAUUUUAUUACGUUGCAAUCUUCCUAACGUUAAUAACUUCGACCUGUUAGGAUCUUCCUUCUUUUCAAAUGAACAACUCCCACAGUAGGCACAUUUACUGAGGGCAGUAGACUCCUCGAUGUCUAGGGUGUACCAUCGCAAUAUAAAUCACAAACUCCAGUGUUACGAUCUUGAUAUUACCACAGUUCAAUAGCUUUUUUGUCCAAGGGGGUAAUUCAGUGACUUGACAAACCAUUGAUUCAUGCCAAAUGUCCCUUUACUUAACAAAGCAACUCUAAUUCUAACACUCUAUUAUACAACUACUCCAUCUUUGCUAUCCAAAAUCAAAAGCAACAUUCAUAACAUCAUGUCCCAUACCUCAACUACGUCACAAAAUAUCAAGCACAUUGAAACGGCUGCACUAAUACUCUCGACACCAAACAUGCACGUACAAAACACAAACAGAUCAUCAGCAUCUUACUCAUGUUCAAAUUUAUUUAAUCUGACAUUGUUUGUUGUUGUUGUGUGUUUUUUUAACAGGAACCUAAGGAGCUCUUUGCUAGAAGACAUCAUGUAGUGCACGGCACAUGCUUAUUUUAUAAGGUAAGAAAUUGUCUCCGAAUAUUUGUCAUUUCAUUUGAUCCCCGAAUGUAAGGGCUGUUUGGUGUAGUAAACUCUAUGCUGAAUACAAAGUCUGGUGAUAACUGGGAUAUGAAUAUUAAUAGAUUUACAAAUACAGACACUUCAGCCGUUGAUGUUUCUUGCCCAAGUUUUCCUAAAAAAAGUAAAUGAGCCAUUGCACCCCGAUAAUAUAUAUUGUACAUUUUCUGUUAAAAAUUAUAUCUCUUGGACUAUUAAAAAAUGUUUAAGCUCCAAUCGCAGUUUUAUGAUUAGGUGGACUUUUAGGAUUACAAUAUAGUUAACAUUGUAAAGCUCUUUUUUUACAGACCAUUUUUUUUUCCCUUUUGACAGGAACAUUUGAUAAGCAGCCAUCUGGCACCAGAACAACAAAGGAGUGUGAAUCUGUUUUUGAACUGCCACGGUUUGCUGGCGCUGUCGUCAAGGGAAGAUGUCAGCAAGGUCAUGUUGUGGCAAGAGUUAAAGUCCUAUUCCUCGCUUGAUGGGUCAGACUUGCCCGCUGGAUACAGGCCGUCCCAAACCAAUAGUUUUAUAAUGGUUAUUGGCCAGGUAUGGACUAGUAGUGUAAAGACAUGUUAAGCAUUUUUAAAGUAGUGUUUAGGGAGGGAAACUUGAAGGUAUUUUACAGCUUCUUAUGAAAAAAACACAAAAAUGUCAUAAAUUAGUAUUUGUUCAAAAAACAAGUAACAAGAAAUGAAAUGAUUUUUAAAUAUUCACUCCCAAUCUUUGCUUACUGUUUUCUCAGUGUAAAUUUAAACAUUCAAUCAUGUGGUCGUUUAUAAUAAAAUGUGUUAUUUCAGUAUUUUUUUUAAUGAAUUAUUAUUCAUCAAAGGAAGAAGACAAAUUGCUUAAAACAUUCAAAUGAAUUAUGUUGACUGUGUAGCCCAACUGCAUAAGGCUCACUUUAUCAAAUGUCUGUGUAAAGUGUUUAUCAAAUGUCUGUGUAAAGUGUUUAUCAAAUGUCUGUGUAAAGUGUUUAUCAAAUGUCUGUGUAAAGUGUUUAUCAAAUGUCUGUGUAAAGUGUUUAUCAAAUGUCUGUGUAAAGUGUUUAUCAAAUGUCUGUGUAAAGUGUUUAUCAAAUGUCUGUGUAAAGUGCUAUUUCACCAACUGACAUGAACUGACAAGAAUUUGUAUAAACUUAUUGCCUUUCUCUUGUACAGAAACAUUACUACUUGGUUGUUUUAGUUGAAGCUGGUGGAGGCUGCCUACCCAUCCAUGGACAUGCUCAACCAC